AAAACUUAUUUGUUGGAAAUCGGUCUGCUACGGUAAAUGGUUAUAUCAUUCUUCCAUUUAUUGAAGUUUGUUUCCAGAAGUGUAUCUAUUUAAUUAGAAUACAAGAUGGGUAUUGGACGACAUGCUCAAUUUAUUGCUAGAACUGUUAUGGUUCAAAACAAUAAUGUAGAAAAAGCUUGCAAACACUUAAAUAGUAUAUUAGGAAAGGAGAAAAUUUUCGAACAAUUUAGACGUACUAGGUAUUUUGAGAGACCCUCGCAAGCAAGACGGAGGAUAAAUUAUGAAAAGUGCAAAGCUAUUUAUGACGAGGAUAUGAAUAGAAAAAUUAAAUUUAUCUUAAGAGUAAACAGAGAAGAUCCAUACCCUGGCUGCUCUUAAACUGAAACUUUAUUGCAAUGCUGUUGAAUUUCAUUUUGUCUAAUCUUGAUGUCUAUAAUCCUGUAUGUAUCCAUAUAAAUAUUUUGGUAAAGUAUUCAUAGUUUUACAUGUCAUUCUGUAUUAAUGUACAAACAGAACAAAAUAAAUUAUAAGUCAUCAUAUAUGCUUUACAACAAAAUGGUAUUCAUAAUAAUCCCUAUUUUACUUUAUGUUCUUGUAUUAUUCUAACAUAAGAAGUAGUAAAGAAAGAUAAGAAAGUAAGUAGAAGCUUACUUGAAAAAUAUUUUUGUAUUUUAAAUAGUUGAUGAAAUAUAAUACAAAAUUUACUGUAAUUUUAAAAGCAUUUUUUAUUUCAUUUCUAGUAUGUUUAUAAAUGUGCUUUUGUAGAUAAUGUAUUUUAUUAAGUCACCAGGCUUGUAAUCAUAGAAUUUUUUAAUGGGGAUAUUUGAGGAACUAAAGCAACAAUACAAAUCUUUAAGGCUGGGAAUUUCAAACUACAAAAAAAAAAUUAAUAUAAGUAUAAUUUUAUUUAGAUAUUUAUUAUCAUUUCGUUCGUAUGUCGUUUAUAUUAAUUCAUAUUAAUAAACAUAUUUUCCAUAAAAUCCUAGAUGAGGUGAAUGACAAUAUUAUAAAUCAAACCUAUUUCAAUAUCUUUGGAAUUGGAAUCUAGUAAUAAAUACUACUGAGCCAACAAGAAUUAAUUGAAUUGUCAAAUAAAACUGCAUAUAUGGUCAAGGAAUAAUGAAGAAAGGAGUACACUAUUUGAGAUCACGUGUAAAAAAAUGUUUGCUAGUUUUAAAGAAACAAUGAUCACACAAUGAAUAAACACGGAAGAAGUUAUUUAUAGAGUAUUAUUUUAUAACAAAGUGGGUCUACUGAAUAACUGAUACCUUUA